AUGAGUGGGCCAAGCCUGACAAAGUUCAAAAUAAAGCCAAAAAAGCAAGUGGCCAGAAAAACAAACCGAAUCGGUAAAGCAUGCUUUAGCUGCCACCAGAGAAAGGUCAAAUGCAAUUUUGAAAUUCCCUGUGAUCGGUGUAUUGCACGUGGAAUGGCACACUUAUGCCGGAGAGAGCCAAUUGUGAUUGAUGGACUUCAGAUGAACACCGGUGGACCCACAGAGCAGGCUUAUGUGCGGGAAAACGAGGCUUUACGAGGCAGAAUAAGCAGCUUAGAGAGUAUGGUGAAUCGGAUGAGGGAGCAGAUGGAAAGAGAUCGUAUUAACACUAGCAGCAAGCCUGUGUAUAGAAAUUUAGUGUGUAGCAAGUCUGGAGAUGGAACAGAGCAGAGAAGAGGAGAGCACACAGGGCAAAAGCAGCCGGGCAGUGAACCAAUAGUUGGAACAGCGCCAUCUGUUGGGAGAUCAGACUCGAAAAUUCCUUUAACUGACUCACAUUGGGAUGUGUACUCUGCAACGAUGAGUUUGCUUAACGGAGGACUCAUGGAUACAAAAAUCGAGGCAAGUAAGCUGGAAAGCAAUACUGAAGAGUGGGCAACAGUGAAUAAUCCGUCAACAGCUGCGAAAAUGCAGCAGUGGGGCGAUUUCCGGUCGGAUGUGUGGAAUUAUCAGCUUAAAGUGAUACGGACGGUGACAAAGUCGGAGUCGGACCUCUUAAUAAAGGCAGCUUUUCGGCAGGUGCCAUUCUUGUUGCCUAUAAUAGACGAGCAGUCGUUCAUGACGGAUUAUGAGACAUACUGGGCCGAUAAUCAGGAUGGUGAGAAGCACAUCUCGCCGUUUUACUCCAAGUCACCACAAAAAUACAUGCUUCUUGGCGAGUCCUACGCACUCAUGUGCAUUGCGAUACAUUACUGCGAGGAUAGCUUGCAGAAGCAGCUUCAGUUCACGGAUGAGGACUGGGAUUUCUUCCCCAGAGUGUUGUUUUCCUGUGCCUUGGAGUGUCUAUACAGAGGACGCUUUAUGACAUUCAUGAGUCUCCGAACGCUUCAGGUGAUGGCUCUGAUGAACAUGUGUGCUCAAGCUUUGGGCGGUAUUGACUUGCAGCACUGUCUUUUUGGCAUUAGUGUCUACAUUGCCCGGCGGCUGGGGCUGGAUUCUCAAUUGGAUAACACUAACCGUUCGGUGGUUCGAACCUGCCUCUGGUGGAACUUGACUGUUUUUGAUUGGACCCAAAAUUCUGGAAAUAAGCGCCUGAUCCCAGACAACAGCUUCACCACUCCGUUACCAAACCCUCCAUACCCAUCCUCUGAGUAUCUUCUUUCAUUCUCCUUGCGGAUCGCAAGUAUACGCAAGACAUGGCUUGGAGAUAACUCUGGCUCGCCAUCUCUUGAUGUGCUCAAGGAGACAGAUCUACAGAUUCGACUGCUACAGGUGGACACAGAGCAUUAUUUCCAAAGUGCUCCCAAGGAGUCACAUAUCCAGUACAUGGCGUUUCUAACCGAUAUGAUCGUGCUUCACGAAUUGUUGGAGGUGAACAGAAGAAUGUCGGCAUUGAUGAGUUCCGUGCAGUGGAAGCAGACGUGCUUUCAUGAGUGCUAUACUCUGGCAUGUAGACAAAUCAGUAUGUUCUGCUCAUCAAAGACGCCAUCGCAUUUCAGGAAGCCAUACUUUGUUUCCGAGUACGUGGUCUCGGCAGUUAUCUUUCUACUGGUGGACUUGCUUCUUGAUACAUCGUCUGGGCGGAAGUACAAGUGUGAGGUGCUCAGAAAGGCAGAUACUGUGAUUGCUCAACUCAAAACAUACAAGAUUGUGAUUCGGCCUGCAAUCCGAGGAAUUUACGUUAUUCAGAGACUCUGCGAUUUGGUCAAGGGAAAGAGACAGGUCCAUGACAAGUACGGGGUGCCCGAGCGGUUUAUUUCCAGGCAAUACACUUUAACAGGAGAAAGAUUGCAACCGGAUGCUGGAGAAUCCUCAAUUGACACUUCAACUGCUCGAAAUUAUACCAAUGGCUACAAUGAUUCACAUAAAAUAAACCCCGAGAUCGUCAAGAAGAAUCCAGAAUCAGCAAGUGAGCGUUUAGAUGCACUGAAGCAGUUGAAAGUGGCAUACAGAGCAGAAAUCCUGCAAUCACAACAACUUUACUUUGAUACUAAGAGGGCAGCAGAAAAGGAUGAUGCUUCUGAUGUUUUACCCGAGAUGGGAACACCAUUACCGGACGUGAUUCAAGAUACGAUCCAAGACAUUUUAAGUGAUAACGGCUGGAACCAAUUUUUGGCCUCAUUGAGUGAUCUGAACGAGUGA